UGCUCUGGUUGCGCUGCUACGUGUUCGGACAAGGCAGGAAGUUGACAUGUCACAGUUACUCCGCUGUGUUUUACUCAUUGAUUAAUAAGAGAUUUGCUUUAAUAGUUGCUGAUACUGCUGUCGAGCAGAAUGUUGCCGACGAGCUCCCCGCAGAUCCAGCGGAACGGCAGCCUCAGCGAGCGGGACGCGGCGCGGCACACGGCCGGAGCCAAGCGCUACAAGUACCUGAGGAGACUUCUGCAUUUCAGACAGAUGGACUUCGAGUUCGCCAUAUGGCAGAUGCUUUAUCUGUUCACAUCACCGCAGAAAGUGUACCGCAACUUCCACUACCGAAAACAAACUAAAGACCAGUGGGCCCGGGACGACCCUGCGUUUCUGGUGCUGCUCAGCAUCUGGCUGUGUGUGUCGACGGUGGGCUUUGGCCUGGUUCUAGAAAUGGGAUUUGUGGAGACGUUGAAGCUGUUGCUCUGGGUUGUUUUCAUCGACUGCAUCGGGGUUGGAUUGCUCAUAUCCACACUCAUGUGGUUUGUUACGAAUAAAUAUCUGAUGAAACCGAGCAGAGAUUAUGAUGUGGAGUGGGGCUACGCGUUUGACGUCCAUCUAAAUGCUUUCUACCCUCUUCUGGUCAUUCUGCACUUUUUACAGCUGUUCUUCAUCAACUAUGUCAUUGUUACGAGUUCAGACUGGUUCCUGGGUUAUUUUGUGGGAAACACCUUGUGGCUUAUUGCAAUCGGUUACUAUAUUUACAUCACAUUCCUGGGCUACAGUGCGCUCCCGUUCUUAAAGAACACGGUGGUGCUUCUGUAUCCCUUUGCUUUGCUGGGACUCGUGUACGUUCUCUCCAUUUCACUUGGUUGGAACUUCACUAAAGGUCUCUGCUGGUUUUAUAAGCACAGGGUCCAGUAGAGGACGCCAGAACACAUGAAGGACAUCGCAGUGCUCUUAAAGAUGGGUGGAAAGUUUGGUGUCGCUCUUGGGACUUUCUGAAAUUUUGUAUUAUCUGUAAAUAUCAUUUUGGUUGUAGAGGAAAAGAGUUUUAGUUGUUUAUGGUGUCAUGCCUUUUUUUUUCUUCUUAAUUUGAUACUCAACCCUCAUUUAAUGUUGUGAUGUGGUUUUGAAAAUGCAAACAUGGGGAGAAGUGCACGUCUGCUUGGAUGCUGCACUUUUUACUUGUGAGAAUGUGUACAAUAAAGAUAUUUUUAAAGAAA